UUGAGAAAGCAAGCGCAAUUGCCUGGAUUUACCUCAGAAAAUAAUUUUCAACAACCGAACUUCAGAAUUUGCCUGAAAAAAUCCCAGCAAUUAGUUCAUUUGAGACCGGAAGACGAUGGGGAUGAUGAACUAAUUCGCCUUUCUGCGGUGAUUGUUUCCAUUGCUCGGUCUCAGGGAGCAGCGGCUUCAUUAGGUACUCCUGCUCCUGCAGGUUGUACUACUCUUGCAUCAUUCCUCUCUGCAUUCCCAAACCAUAAACCCCAUUUGGCUUGUUAUUCUGCUAUUAGUAGUAAAUUUAAGAGUUCUUCUGAAAAAGCUCUGAAAUUUCAACCUGAAUUAAGGAAUGAUAUUAAUAAUGUCAACAGUCUUGAUGAUGCUUUGAGCUUGUUCGAGCGGAUGGCUCGGAUGAGGCCUCUGCCUUCUGUUAUUCAAUUCAAUCAAAUGCUGACUUGUAUUGUUAAGAUGAAGAAUCAUUAUUCUUCAGUUAUUUCCCUUUUUAGAGAUAUGUGUGUCCAGGGCAUUCCUGUUGAUGAGGCCACCCUUAAUAUAAUGAUUAAUUGUUGCUGCGUUGUGGGCCGAGUGGAUUUAGCUUUUUCUACAUUGUCUGGCUUCUUCAAACGUGGUUUUGUUCCUAAUGUGGUCACCUUUGGCACUUUACUUAAGGGACUCUUUCGAGAACAGAAGGUUCCUCAGGCACAAGAAUUUUUCAAAAAGAUAAUCAAGGAAAAACUUUGUAAACCCAAUGAAACUAUGUUGGGCAUUGUGAUAGAUGGGCUCUGUAAGGCAGGAAACACUCAAACAGCCAUUGAAUUCCUCAGAGCAAUGGAAAAACGAGGAAGUCCUUGUAAACCUGAUGCAAUUAUGUAUAAUGCCGUCAUGGAUAGCUUGUGCAAGGAUAAAAUGGUUGAUGAAGGUCUUGCCCUGUUACUGGAGAUGAUUGAAAAGGACAUUCCCCCGAAUGUUGUCACUUACAGUAGUUUGAUUCAAGGUCUGUGCAACUUAAGCAGAUGGAAGGACGUUGACAAGCUCUUUUCUGAGAUGAAGGUUUAUAAAAUUGUUCCAGAUGUUAUUACUUUUAGUAUAGUGGUGGAUGCACUAUGUAAGGAAGGGCAUAUAGAAGAUGCUGAAGAGGUAGUCCGGAUCAUGAUCCAGCAAGGUCGAAAUCCCGACCUGGUCACAUACAGUUCCUUAAUGGAUGGGUACUGUUUACAGAGGCGAAUAGAUGACGCAAGGAGAGUUUUCAAUACCAUGAUUGCUAGCGGCCUUACACCCGAUCUCCAUUGCUAUGGUAUUCUAAUAAAUGCCUAUUACAAGACCAAGAAAUUGGAAGCAGCCAUGAAGCUCUUUCGAGAGAUUCCACAUAAAGGUUUAACACCUGACAUUGUUAUUUAUAGCACUGUGUUGCAGGGGUUAUUUAGUUCAGGAAGGUAUCUUAGCGCACGAGAAAUUUUCAAGGAGGUGCAAGCUUCAGGCAUGAAGCCUGAUUUUCACACUUACUGUGUGGUACUGGAUGGAUUAUGCAAGACUGGACAUGUCGAUGAAGCAUUGGAGUUAUUCCAUGCAAUGGAAACUGAUGGAACAAAUCUACACAUAGAAAUGUACAAUAUCAUCCUUGAUGGGUUGUGCAAAGGCAAGAGGCUCGAUAGUGCUCGAGAUGUUUUCAACAAUCUCUCCCUUAAAGGAUUGGACCCUAAUGUCAUAACAUACAACACCAUGAUUGCUGGCCUGCUUUCAGAAGGUCUGCUCAUCGAGGGCAAAGAGCUCAUUUUAAAAAUGGAAGAGAAGGGUUGCUUGGCAAAUAGUGUUACAUACAAUGUCAUUCUGCAAGGACUCCUUAAGGGAGGUCAUUAUGAUGAUGCGAUGGUCUAUCAUGAAGAAAUGGUUCAUUGAGGAUUCUUGCUGGAUGCAUCUACGUUUUCCAUUUUACUUGCUUUAUCUGCUGCAAAUCAGAACAAUCCUUCUGUGCUAUUGUUGAUGCUGAAGAUUGAUCCCGAUAGCAAGAAGUUCAUGGAUGGGGGACAAAGAGGCCCUUCACAUUAGUUGUAACAUGGUGGUUGUGCAGUUUUUUGGCCCCUGAUGUUUAAUUUGCUGGUAGAAAUGUUAAUAAGGUUCACAUUUGAUCCUUUUGUCACUUAUCAUCUUUGUUUAGAGGAGGCCUCUUGGUGAUAUUUUGUGAAAUACCUCAGAGAGCAUCGGUCUGGUGGUGAAGCUGCAUUUCUUAGGGAAGUUCAAUUGUUAGGUGUAUCAGUUCACAGAAAGUUGGUGCAGUUAAUUGGAUUUGUACGUCUUCUUCUCAAGACUUCUUCUUUAUCUUUUCAUGGAGAACUUCAAUGUGGCAUGUCACUUAAGUGGUGGAGCAGAAGAGGGGUGGAAUCUGAAUUGCUGAGUAUGAAGAUUUGAUGUCAGCUCAGACUGGAUAGAGACAAUUAAUCAGGUACUAUUGGUCACUGAGGUGGAAAUGAGAGAUAUUUGUUCCUUUGGCUAGCUAUUAUUGGGCAUAAUUUGCGGUGAUUACAAUGACCUUUCAGUGAUUGUAAAAUAUCUAUUUGUGCCCAUGAUAGACCACAGACCGGGAGAGAAAGGCCUAGAUUGACUUAGUAGAAAUGAAUUUACUUUCAUACAGCACAUGUCCUGGAGUACUUGCAUGAGCAUUGCAAUACAAAAUCGUACACCAAGAUUUGAAGGCUGGAAACAUCCAUCUGGAUGAUGACUUUGAAGCUUUCUUCAGUGGGUACAAAACUAACACAUUAGGACUCAAGUCUGGGGAACUACGGGACACAUUGCCCCUGAAUAACUGGAAAGCCUUCAGAGAAGACGGAUGUAUUCGGAUAUGGUAUGACCCUUGUAGAACUUGUAACCAGUCAGUGUGCAAUGGAUUUCUGGUUGAAGAGGAGGAUGUAAUAUUGCUAGAUAAGGUGAGUUAUUCCAUUCUUUCUUGAAAUUCAGACAGACUCGUACUGCAAUAUGGCUAUAACUCAGGGUUUUAUAUUACUGAUAUAGUCUUCUAUGCAUUAAUGAAAUGGGUAAAUGCCUUGAUUAGUGGUGAUGGAAUAUUUUGACUAGUGUAAUUCAUCUAUUUAUAUAGCUUAUUUGUCAAGGUUUUACACUAUA